AUGGCGCCCGAGAGAGAAAUUUUUCUCAUGAUGGCUCAGCUGGUGAUUCUCCUGCUCCAGAGCUCGACGGCGCUGUGCCAAGCGCAUCUGUGGCACAUCAUGCGGAGAAGAAGGGCUGCCACACUACUUUUCCAUUGUGGCAACCCGGCCAGAACCGCUCGAAGGGCCGCUUUGCGAAGAUAUCGGCUUCACCAGCGGUGGUAUGCACUUGCGCACAUUAGAGAACCGCGGGACUGUUGGGUCUAUCCCCGCAGCUGGGACUGGUGGGAGCGCAUAGUGUUGCGUGUUUGGGACGACCAACAUUGGAUCCAGUGCUUCAGAAUGAGCAGGGGGACCUUCAUGGAGCUUGUGGGUGUGCUUCGACCAACCUUGGAAUGGCAGAGUACCAACAUGCGUGAGCCCGUCUCCGUGGAGAAGAGGGUGGCCGUGGCAGUAUGGUGCCUUGCCACUGGAGCAUGUUACCGCGUCGCGGGGGACAACUUCGGUUUGGGGUUAUCGACUGUUUCGGACGCUGUGCUGGAGGUCUGCUUCGCCAUUGAGAAGGAGCUGCUCUCUAAGCUGGUUUGCCUUGGGGAGGAGGUCGGAAAGAUCAUGGACGGGUAUUCCGCGCUGGGGUUCCCCCACUGUGUCGGGGCGAUAGAUGGAACUCACAUUCGCAUCGGUCAGACCCGGGGGAGGCCGGACCAAUAUGGAAAUCGCAAGAACUUCUCUUCCAUCUUGCUCCAGGGGACAGUUGACCACACCGGACGUUUUGUGGACGCGGAGGUGGGCUGGAGUGGCAAGAAUCACGAUGCCUUUGUCUUCCGCAACUCGGCCAUCUGUGCGGCAAUGGACACUGGCGUUUUUGUCCCUGGAAAUCCGACCCUGACUGUGAACGGUGUAUCUGUGCCACCACUGAUGAUCACUGACGGUGCGUAUCCAAUGCGGCGAUGGCUUAUGAAACCUUAUGGGAAAUUCGCAAUCACGCAACAGCAGAAGUACUUUGACCGGUGUCUGGCACGGGCCAGGAAUAAGGUGGAAUGCAGUUUCGGUCGUCUGAAGGGACGCUGGCAAUGUCUCCUGCAUCGCCUGAGGGCCAGAGAGGAGAACGUGGUGACAAUUGUGACUGCAUGCGUGAUCCUGCACAAUUUGUGUGAGGCCAAAGGCCAUGGCGUGCUGGGUUCAUUGCGGGAUCCCACGCCUUUGACAAUGCCCGGCGAUGGUCUGGAGUUCGGGGAGAACGACCGGGGAGUGUUGGAGGAGGGGAAGGAGGUCCGUGAUGCGAUGGCGGCAUUCAUGUAUGCAAGGGACAGGCGGUGAUGCUCUGGUUUUCCUUGUGGGCCCCGGGAAUGCGUGACCAGCAACGGUAUCUUUUGCAAUGCAGACUCUUUGGUGACAAUAAAGAUUUGAUUUAUGAAAUGAUGGUGGCCUCGCAGUUAUUACCAGUGACCAACUGAGUGUGUGUGGG